AUGUAUGAGGACUGCAUCGACUCCACUGGAGACUGUUAUUUCAAUGUCUGUGAGAGUGAGGGGCCAUGGGCCAUUGUUAUGGAGUCCCUGGCAAUAAUUGGCAUAGUGGUUACAGUCAUACUCCUCCUGGCAUUACUCUUCCUCCUACGAAAAGUCCAAGACUGUUGCCUGUGGAACGUGCUCCCCACCCAGGUCCUCUUCCUCCUGGCGGUGCUUGGGCUCUUUGCACUUGCUUUUGCCUUCAUCAUCCAAUUCAAUGAACAAACUGCCCCUGUACGCUACUUUCUCUUUGGAGUUCUCUUUGCUCUCUGCUUCUCAUGUCUGUUAGCACAUGCCUUCCACCUAGUGAAGCUGGUCCGAGGUAGAGUCUCCUACUCUUGGACAACAAUUCUGUGUAUGGCUAUUUGUGCCAGUCUGCUGCAGAUCGUUAUUGCCAUUGAGUACGUGACUAUCAUGACCACCAGAGGGUUGUUUGUGCAUAUGACACCCUGUCAGCUCAAUGUCGACUUUGUCGUCCUCCUGGUCUAUGUCCUCUUCCUGAUGGCCCUCACAUUCUUCGUUUCCAAAGCCACUUUCUGUGGCCCAUGUGAGAACUGGAAGCAGCAUGGAAGGCUCAUCUUUGUCACUGUGCUCAUCUCCAUCCUUAUCUGGGUGGUGUGGAUCUCCAUGCUCCUGAGAGGCAACCGACAGCUCCAGUGCCAGCCCCAGUGGGACGACCCAGUCAUCUGCAUUGCCCUGGUCACCAAUGCAUGGGUUUUCCUGUUGCUUUACAUCAUCCCUGAGCUCUGCAUCCUCUACAGAUCAUGCAAACAAAAAACACAAGGCAAUGCCUGCACAGUCCCAACCUACCAACGCAGCUUCCGAGUGGAGACCCAGGAGCUCUCAAGAGCCCGAGACAGUGAUGGAGCUGAGGAGGAUGUAGCAUUAACUUCAUAUGGUACUCCCAUUCAGCUGCAGACUGUUGACCCCACAAAGGAACAGUUCAUCCCACAGGCUAAACUAAGCCCUCAGCAAGAUGCAGAAGUGUAA